AUGCGCCACGUUGUGGGCCAGCUCGGCCCGGCAGCUCUUGACCUUGACCAUCCCCACCCACCUCGCCACCCACGGCUCCGCAGCCCUCCGCGGCUCCUGCGCCCCGCAGCCCGCGCCCUACGUCCCCCGGCCGAGGUCGGAGCCGGCUUGGCGCCCUCUGUGUUUAAAAUGCGCUCCUCCUCGCCCGGAACCCAGGCUCGGCCCCAGCCGGCCGCGCUCGGAGACCCUACGCGCCGCGUGUCCGGCCAGGCGAGCCCUAGCCCCCAGGCCACCGCCCGGUUCCCGAGGGGUGUCCGCUGCCAAGGAGUUUCAAGACCAGUCGCGCCCAAGCCCGCAGCCUCGGAAGUCCUAGAGCUCGGCAUCCGUUACCGCGGCUCCGUAUCCCCAUUCUACAGGCCAGGACUCGGAGACUCGGUGGCGCAAUCGGAAUCCGAACCCGGCUCUCGGAUUCCUGGGCCCAGCAAGAGCAAGCGCCGCCCUGGCUCAGCCAGCCCCGCGGGGCGCACGCAGGUGGGUCUGGGCCGGCUCUGGCAGCUCUCGGGCGUGGACUCCUGGCUGGGCCGGACCGCCUGCCGCGGCGCACCGCGCAGCCUCUCUCGUCUAGCCAAUGAGGCGCGGCGGCGGGGCGCAGCGCCCGGGGUGUUGUCCGUGCCCCGCCCGCCCAUUGGCUACACUCCGCGCCCGCCGGCGGACUCGAGGGGCGGGGACGCGGCCCGAGGUGAGGGGCCACUAGCGGCCGGUGUGCGGGCGGGCAGGCAGCGAGCGAGUCGGCGGGGCCGAGCGCGGGACAAGGAGUCGCGCCCUGAGCCGCCGCCACCCCCUACCCCGGGGCGCCCAGGGCUCCGCGCCAGGAAGUGGCGGCCAGGCUGA